GUCGACCGCUUCACUUAUCUUGGAAGUCUCAUCAUCCCUUGUGGUUUAGUGUGUGACGAAACCUCAGCACGGAUACAGAAGGCUCGACUAGCUUUUGCCAACUUGCGUUAUUUAUGGAGUAGGCGAGAUAUCCGUCUAUCAACCAAAGGACGUGUUUACUGCGCAGCAGUUCGUUCCGUCCUACUUUAUGGCAGUGAAACAUGGCCGGUAAGAGUAGAGGAUAUCCGUAGGCUACUAGUAUUUGAUCAUAGGUGUCUUCGAAACAUUGCUCGUAUAUCAUGGGACCAUCGAGUAAGUAACACAGUUGUUAGGAAACGGGUACUAGGUAAGGAUGGCAAAUCAAUUGAUGAAGUAGUGAAACUUCAUCAGUUAAGAUGGCUGGGACACGUGUUACGUAUUCCCAACUACCGACUGCCUCGACGUGCUAUGUUCAGUGGUAUAGGAGUAGGUUGGAAGAAAGCUAGGGGCGGCCAGACCACAACAUGGCACAAGUCCAUGAAGACACUGACAAGUGAACUGAGUCAUGUUGGUAGGUGUAGACUACCUGGUUGGGGACCGCGAGAUGAUAGCAACCGAUGGUUAGGGACCUUGAAUGGCAUGGCUCAAAAUCGUUUGCAGUGGCGCAGGUGUAUCCACUCUUUGUAUUCUCCCAAAUUCUAAUCUUCUGAAUUCUUCAUGUCCCUUUUUUCCUCUUUCCAAACUUAUUUCACUGGAUUAUACUCUUUAAAUAACAUCUCCAAACCCUAAUCUUCCCGAUUACUGCUUAUACUCUUAUUACCUCUACCACUACGGGAUUUGAAUCGACAACUGCAUCUCUGUGCUAAUGUGGUGUGGCAACUCGAACUGAUGUAUGUGCGUACGAAGUUCUACGUUGUUACUGACUGACUGACUGACUGACUGACGGUAUGUUUCACUGCCAUCCUUUUUAUUUUGGUUUUACAUAAUUACCCAGAUCAUAAACUAGGUAUCUUCAGUUAGAACGGAUUCGUGGCGAUGCCUACACUCAUCCCCCGUUUCAAUUUGUUUUGAUGCGUACAAUGAUGCUAAACCGUAUGAUUUAGUUUAAAGCAUUUCACUUGAGCGUUCAACUAUUUGAAGAGUGCAGCAACGUCAGAGGAUGCAUCCCCAUACUAACCAGUCCCUGAGCAUUUUUACACACUAUUUGGUACUUCGACAUCUUAUGAUCCGUGUGUUACACUGGUUUUUAAUCAAAAUUUUACUAUUAAUUGCACCUUUGUGUUCACUAACCUUGCUUCGCAUUAUUAAUUUUGCAACGUAACACUUCUGCAAGCACUUAUUGGCUCGUGGCUUUACGAGGAGUUUUUCAAAAGCAAGAUCUUUUCCACCUUUAAGGACUAAAAGGUUAUUGGUAUGAGUUGUAAAUAGUAAGAACGAUUAAACUCAUUGGCCAAGUAUGUGUUUGUAAAAUCUAAUCUCAGCCACUCUGUUUAAAGUAAUAAUGAUAUCACCCAACUGCUUAAAAAACAGUAAGCUGAGCAAGGUUCUAAUCUAUGUAUACAGAUAAAUGUCUGUCACUCACUACCAUAUCACUGCUUCAUAAGUUUUAGAGAUAUGUAAAGCAUUAAGUCGGGUUCCUAAGUAGCAGGAAAUGAUCUGAACUCUAGGUAUUGUAUGUUGUACUUCAGUGGUAUCUAGUAUAAUUUCAUCUGGUUUUACCUACCUGAAACUUCAAUGUUGAGUGAAGUAUCAUAAAGUUUGUUUUCCGAGUGUCGUAAUGUAUUGAUGUUUUAUUAUUGGUAAACAUUGCACAUAAAAGCAUUGCAAAUGAAAAUUUUUCAGUGUUUUCAAUAACCGUUUCUUUCUAUAAAUCUACAUUAGCUAUACUAGCAUUCAGUUACCACUUACUGGAGUGGAAAAUGCUCUCAACCACUUAAUGCCUAUCGAUUCUACUGUUAACACCGUCGAAACUAGUGACCAUUUAAACGAAUCUUCGUUUAUACAACUAACAGAUAGUGAUGGCAACGAGGUUGGGACACCGAUAUGGAUUCCUUUAGACGUCGACAGAGGCAAACUCACAGAUUUACUAAGUAGUCUUCUUCAAAGAGUGAGCAAACUAUUCUUACUAUCUUACUAUUUAUUAACCACUGCUGUGAAUCCGGUGUUCAUCUUGUUGUGCUGAUGCGGUAUGGCAACCUGGACCGAUGCACAUAUGUGCCUGGUCCUACGUUGUAGCUGACUGACUGACUGACUUACAAAAGCUUGUUUACACAGACAGACGCUUCAGCACAAUCUGGAAGAUUCAUGUCUGUUUGUCAAGAUUGAAAGAGUAAACGACAUCAAUAAAGGGAUUUAAUUACCUACCAGUUGAUUUAUAUAUUGUUGGGAGUAUUUCAUAUCUAAGUCACAACAAUUAGUUUGUUAGGUAAAGUGAUUAUAUUGUUGCUGAUGACAUGAGCAAUCAAACUGACUGGUUUUAGAUUUCACACAGUAUUGGAUUCGACUGAAAUUCGACCAGUCUUGAUUGGCACAUGUGCAUGUUUUGCGAAUGGCCUAGAUAUAAGUAUUAUGAUACAAGUUAGUGUAGGAUAUGUGGAAUUUGGCUAGCAGUGGAAUAUAAGACGUGUGUUUCGUCCUAUUCGGUACACCCAAAUAGCGAUUGUCAUAAUGAUUAUACCGCGGUAAUCCGCAGAGGAUGCAUAUGUCAACCAAUACAGAUCGAAUUUGAGUAAAAUCAUCAACAGGAUAAUCCAAUUCAUUUAAAAUUCAUACCCAUUGCACUAGUGACUGACUAUCUGAACUUAGUAGCUAAUUGGAUAACGCGAUGUUUAAAGCGAACGGUACUAGAUUCGAGUCCCGGAGUAAACAUCGACUAUGGGAUACAGGUAAAUACAGCCUAUGAGUCCCAAAUAAUACAAAACACACCUGAAUUCUAUUGCUAGCCACAUUUUAUUUGUUUUAUACUUUUUCACUAACCAUGGAUUUGUGCCUCUUUUAUUCCACUCUGACUAUGGUCAAUAUUACAACCUAGGUCUACUGCCUAUCUAAAUUUGUAGCACUUGUUGCAGGCAUCACAGUUAGUACGAUUCUUCAGAAGGUCUUGCUCAGAAGUCAAUAGUGAAUUUCGAAAUUGCUCUGUUAGCGUUUCUACAACAUACUAUAUUUUCAAGAAUAACAAAAUGAUAUAAUAGAGAAACUCGUUAUCCGGUUUGAGUUCUGUGGAAUUCUGAGAGACUUAAUACUGUGUGACUAUUGGUUUGUUACAUAGGCUCCCGAGCUUCUGCAGGUACAGCUAAAUUCGAGUCCCUGAUCGAGGGAAUAAAGUUAAAUUGUCCAAACCAAUUCCAAAAAUACUUAAAAUAGGAUGACGACAGUUAUAUGUUGUCUACCUUGGCCCGGUGUGUCUCACAGGUCACUGUCUCCUGUCUAGUAAACUGUACGGAGCGAAGUGGCUUUGUUGCGUGCAUUAAAUUUAUAAAAUAGAAGUGGGACAGAUUCAUUCACUACUUAUCUUCCUUUGACUCCUAAAUUUCGAAAGUAUCUUAUAGAUUUUUUUAUUCAACGGAUUUUUCUUGUUGAAUCGUAUCUCCGAUGCCUAAUUUAUCCUGUUACAACUAGUAUUGUUACUAUCCCUAUUGAUUUGAAAUUCGCCCUGGCCAUUUCGUCUCGCUAUGCUGUGGCAAUUUGAAACGAUGUGUACAUGUACCAGAUUCUACGUUGCAUAUGACCAGCUGUCUAAGUAGAAGUGGAUAAAAUUUAAAUAAAAACUAAAGUUUGAAUGCAGAAUGUUAGAUGACUAUCAUCAUAAAUAGAGAGCAAUAGUCUAAUGUCCCUUAAUGUGAUAGCGAGAAAAGCAUUUUAAAAUAGACCAUUAGCAUUUUCGAUUAUCUUUUCAGUAGUUUUGCGUCGUAUAAUAGGAUAUUUAAGCCUUAUAGUUGCCUACAAGAUUUCAAGGAAGGUUAAUCAGUUGAUAGUGUUUGAAAUAAACAUUGAACCGCAUUAAAUAUAAGCUAUAAAUAUAGUUUAUAGCGGUCUCGUUACAAAUGAUCACUUUCACUUUUGAAAUGGAAAGGUCCCUACAUUCUCAAAAACUAUUUCUUGAGAUAAAAGUAACUGUUAAAUUUCACGUUUUGUUGCUUAAUAACAUUUCAUCAGUAUACUUGUAUAUCUAACUAUGCCCAAGUCUUGUUACUUAGAAGAGAAUUCUUUCUAAUUCAAAGGAAGAUGUACAUUCUUUGACGUAUGACUUUUUUGUGGGCGAUGUUCAAAUUUUGGAUGAUUUAAAAACAGCUUUAAUUCAAGCACGGGCCAAAGGCACUGACCCUUCUUUACCGAAAUUUGGAUCAAAUGGUCUUGAAGCUAUAGUCAAAGUCACGUAUCAGGCUAAUGCUGUUUUUCGAGUUCGCCCAGUUACUCGUUGUUCAAGUAGUAUACCAGGUCAUAAGGGUGCACUUCUGGUUGCACAAUUCUCACCAGACGGAAGAAGUUUAGCUAGUGGCUCUGGAGAUCAAACUGUUCGUUUCUGGGAUCUCAACACUGAGUUACCUCUUAGUACAGGAUCUGAAGUACACAAAGCUCCUGUUCUCUGUUUGGCUUGGUCUCCAGAUGCAGUACGGUUGGCAUCUGGCUGUCAAGGUGGUAUGAUUUGUUUGUGGCAACAGAAAGAAGCCGGAAAUGAUUGGGGUCUAUGCUCAACCCAUCCUUUAAUUAAGCCUCAAUUAGCAGCCACUCCGGCUUGUUCUAAAGGUCGGUGGAUACGAUCUUUAUCGUGGAGACCAUUACAUCUAGAUGCAGAAUGCAGACAACUUGCAGUUGCUUAUCAAGAUUGUUCAAUAGUUAUUUGGGAUACGUAUACUGGUCAGCCAAUUCAUACAAUUACUGGUCAUGAUAAACCAGUUGUGUCUGUACGUUGGGGUGGAACAGAUUUAAUUUAUUCUGCUAGUCAAGACCGUACAAUUCGUGUAUGGAGAUCUAAAGAUGGUGUGUUAUGUCGUACACUAAAUUUGCAUGGACAUUGGGUAAAUUGUUUGGCAUUGAGUACUGAUUAUGUACUACGUACUGGUGCAUUUGAUCCUGCCUGUGCUCAGUUAGUCAAAACAGUUCCUGUAUUAUCAAAAGAUCCAGAGGCGAAGUUGAAGUUGGCUGAAACAGCAAAAUCACUGUAUGAAAAAGUUAAGGGUUCUAAUCCGGAGAGAUUGGUUGCAGGAUCCGAUGACAAUACACUUUCUUUAUGGCAACCCGAAAUUGAUAAAAAACCACUUGCUCCCCGUAUGACUGGUCAUCAAGGAGUUGUGAACGAUGUGAAGUUCUCUCCAAAUGGUCGUCUUCUUGCUAGUGCCAGUUUUGAUCAUUCUGUCAAAAUUUGGGAUGGUUUUACAGGACAAUUUUUAGCUACUAUGUUUGGUCAUGUUCAAGAUGUGUAUCUAGUCUCUUGGUCAAGUGACAGUCGUCUAGUUGUAUCUUGUUCUAAAGAUUCGACAGUGAAAGUAUGGUCUAUUAAUGAAGUUCGUCGCUGGAAUCAAGAAUCUGUCACAGUAUCUAAAGAAGAAAAGAAAAAACAAAUAUUUGCUAGUGAUAUAACCGGUAAAAAACGACCCAGUUCAUCGUCGUCAUCAGUACAUCAACGUAAACGUCAUUUGUUACAUGAUUUACCUGGGCAUUCAGAUGCAGUUUAUGCAUUAGACUGGAGCCCUGAUGGACAAUAUGUUGUUUCAGGCGGUAAAGACCGAAUAUUGAAAUUGUGAGUUUUAAUUAUCAAUACGUUUUUGCAAUAAGAUAGUUUUCGUCACUAACAACAGUAAGCAGAUAUGUUUUUUUAUUUACAUACAAAAAUAUUAAAAGUGGUUGUAUAUCCCUUAUGUAAAUUGAUAUCUAUCUUUAUCUCCUAAUGGUUGGAAGUUUUAAUUUCAGCUUUAUCACGUAGUUCAUCAGUUAAGUUAACUAGUCUAUGUCUCAUGUUAUCUCAUUCUUAGUGAAUAAGAAUGUACUUACUUUCGCCUGUUACUCCUCGUGAAGGAGCACUGGCCACCAACCAGCAUUCUCCAUUCAACCCUGUCCUGGGCAAUCCUUUCCAGCUCUUUCCAGUUGUAAUUCAUCCUUUUCAUAUCUGCUUCUAUUUCCCGACGUAAUGUGUUCUUUGGUCUUCCUCUUUUCCGCUUCCCUUCAGGAUUCCAAGUUAGGGCUUGUCUCGUGAUGCAGUUUGGUGAUUUGCGUAAUGUAUGUCAUAUUCAUUUCCAUCGUCUUUUCCUAAUUUCUUCUUCAGCUGGAAGGCUGUUGCUGAUGGUAUCCGGUCAAUGGAUGUUGAGUAUCUUGCGUAGACAACUAUUCAUAAAUACUUGUACCUUUUUGGUGAUGGUUGUUGUAGUUCUCCAAGUUUCAGCUCCAUACAGUAGUACUGUCUUGACGUUCGUAUUGAAGAUUUUCACUUUGAUAUUGGUUGAAAGUUUUUUAGAGUUCCAUAUGUUCUUCAAUUGUAGGAAUGCUGUCCUUUCUUUGCCAAUCCUCGCCUUUACGUCUGCAUCCGAUCUUCCUUGUUCAUCGAUUGUGCUUCCCAGGCAUGUGAAGGAUUCUACAUCUUCCAGAGUUUCGCCAUCAAGAGUGAUUGGGUCGGUGUUCUCCGUGUUGUAUUUGAGGACCUUGGUUUUCCCCUUGUGUAUGUUGAGGCCUACUGAUGCAAAGGCUGGUGCUACACCAGUUGUCUUUAUCUGCAUUUGUUCGCGUGUAUGCGAUAGGGGGGCUAGGUCAUCUGCGAAGUGCGAAUCGUCUAAUUGAUUCUGAAUUGUCCAUUGUAUUCCGUGUUUUCCCUCAGAAGUCGAGGUCUUCAUAUUCCAGCCGCCCACCAGAAGAAAGAGGAAGGGGAAGAGUAGACAACCUCGUCUGACUCCGGUCCUCACUUGGAAUGUGUCUGUCAGCUGUCCUCCAUUCACGACCUUGCACUGUAGUCCGUCGUAUGAGUUCCGGAUAAUGUUGACAAUCUCCUCAGGAACUCCAUAUUGCCGAAGAAGUUUCCAUAAUAUUGUCCUGUCCACAUUGUCAAACGCCUCAUAGUCAAUGAAGUUGAUGCACAGUGACGAGUUCCACUCAACUGACUGUUCGACAAUGGUCCGUAGUGUCGCAAUUUGGUCUGUGCACGACCGACCCUUACGGAAUCCAGCCUGUUGACCUCGAAGUCGGGCGUCUACUGAGUCUUUCAUCCGGUUCAGCAACACUCUGUUAAAGACUUUCCCUGGCACUGAAAGUAGUGUAAUGCCUCUGUAGUUUUCACAUUUGCUCAGAUCUCCUUUCUUUGGAAUCUUGAUGAGGUGUCCUUUCCAGAUCGUCGGCACGUGAUCCUCCUCCCAAAUCUUCUUAAAUCGAAGGUCAAACAUGUUUGUAGUUACUUCGAUGUCUGACUUCAGUGCUUCAGCUGAUAUAUUGUCAGGUCCUGCUGGUUCCACGCUCUUGAUUUGUCUGAUGGUCAUUCUGAUUUCUUCCGUCGUUGGUGGAUUGACAUCUAUAUGAAGAUCUGUGUGUGCUGCGUCGAUGUCCGGUGGAUUCACUGAAGCCGGCCUAUUCAGGAGUUCCUCGAAGUAUUCUACCCAUCUGUUCCGCUGUUGUUGAAUUUCAGUGGUUGGCUUGCCUUCUUUGUCCUUGACCGGUCUCUCUGGUUUACUAUAUUUCCCUGCUAGUUUCUUCAUUGUAUCAUAUAGUUGUUUCAUAUUUCCUUCUCUUGCAGCUUUUUCCGCCGUCGUUGCUAGUUCUUCCACGUAUUUCUUCUUGUUGUCUCUAAUGCUCUUCUUCACUUUCUUGUUUGCUUCUAUGUACUCAGCUUGUUCUUGGACUUUCUCUGCUCGUGUUCGGCUGUUGUUAAUUGCUGUCUUCUUGUUCUUCCUUUCUUUGAUCCUAUCCAGUGUUUCUGUAGAGAUCCAUUCCGUAUGACGAUGCUUCUUGAGGCCCAGAACCUCUUGACAUUUUGAAGUUAAUGCUUCUUUGAUACCAUUACAGUUGUCCUCCAUAGUAGUUUCUUCUUCCUUCAGUAGAUCCUGUAAGGUUUAGAACCUGUUGUUGAGAGCUAACUUAAAUUCGUUGAAUUUGUUAGUAUCUCGAAGGAAGGCUGUAUUAAACCUUUGUAGUGCUGUUUGUUCAGUUCUUCUUUAGCUUCAGUUUCAAAUUGGCCACGACUAGGUGGUGAUUUGAAGCUAUAUCAGCUCCUCUCCUGGUUCUCACAUCUCCCAUUGUCCUUCGAAACUUUUUAUUGAUGCAAAUAUGAUCUAUCUGGUUCUCUGUAGUGUGGUCCGGUGAGAUCCAUGUAGCUUUGUGUAUACGUUUGUGUGGAAAUAUUGUGCCUCCUAUGACCAAUUUGUUGAAUGCACACAGAUUUGCAAAUCUCUCCCCAUUUUCGUUUCUCUCUACCAGUCCAUUUCGUCCCAUGAUAUCUUCAUAUCCGGUGUUGUCUAUUUCGACUUUGGCGUUUAGAUCUCCCAUCAGAGUGUUGAGGUCCUUUCUUGGGCACUUCUCUAUGAUUAAUUGCAGCCGCCCAUAGAAUUGAUCUUUGGUGUUGUUGUUGCUAUCAUUGGUGGAUGCAUAACAUUAGAUAAAAUUAAUUGUGAUUCCCUCCUUCUUUGUUUUGAAUGAUGCUUUGAUGAUUCUGGAUCCGUGAGAUUCCCAUCCUACAAGUGCAUUUCGUGCUACAUUGGACAGCAUUAGAGCAACUCCCUACAUAUGUGGAGCAUCUUCUUUUUUCGUGGCCGGAGUGUAGCAGCAUCUUUCCCGUAUUUAGCCUUUGUUGUCCAGCUUGGGUCCAAUGGGUUUCGCUGAUUCCCAGUACUGCCAAGUUGUAUCUCCUCAUUUCCGUUGCCAUUUGACUGGUCCUCCCGGUCUCCCAUAUUGUCCGGACGUUUCAUGUACAUAUAGAAUUGUUGAUCUGGUUGUUAGAAGGGGCAUCGGCCUCGUGGCUUCCGAAGGAACUCGGCUUAUACCAUGAGACGUCAUAGUUCUUCUAUAUGAAGACUUUCUAACUCCCAGGGCAGAGAUUAAACGGUUUGAAUUAAUUUUUCUGGUUACCGUUUUCUUUGCGAGUCAUUUUUCUACGGGAUGGGGUCGCUAAACCCAUACCCAACCCUCCUGCUUUACCCGGGCCUGGGACCAGCAGUAACCCUAGAAGAGCUACAGGUGGAGUUAGGAAUGCUGUCCUUGCCUUAAUAUAUGCAUCUGAUCCUCCUUGUUAAUAGAUUAUGCUGUCCAGCUACAUGGAAGUUUCCACUUCUUUCAGAGCUUCUCCACCAAGUGUGAUUGGGUUGGUGCUCACUUUGUUGUAUCCAAGGAUCUUACUUUUUCCGUUGUGUAUGUUGGAGCCUACUGAUGCAGAGGCUGUAAUAAGAGUGUGUGAGAUAACAACUCUUCACAGUUUUAUGCUAUGUGUUGUUUACUGAUAUUUGUACAGCUUGGUGAAAUCUAAGUUACUGAGAUGGGGGAAGAAAUUAUGUUGAAUCAUCUGUUCAUAUUGCUGAGUGUAGUUUAUUUAUUUAUUAUCGUGUUAAACCAUCCACAAAAUCGUACUAAUCUGGUAAAAAACUAUAUACUUUACAAGCAUAUUUUAUCUACUAAGGUUGUGAUAAUCGUUUUCAUUCGAUUCUAAAUAAAUGCACCCAAAGAGUCACUUUGGCUGUGAAUUUUUACAUUUCAUUAGAUUUUUUAAAAUAUUUCGUUCAAUCUCAUAGAAAUAGUAGUCAGUGGUAUUUUUCAUAAACGCAGUUUUAUGUAAAUGUUAAUACCUCCCGUUUCAGAAUGAUUAUUAUCAAUAGCCGUCGUUUGUAUAAAACUGAAGGAUCUCAUUACUGAGAUCAGUUAGUGGUUAUGCUUUUCAAAAAGUUCCAUUUAAUUGCGGUAAAUAUCUAUAAUUUUGUAGUCUACAUCACUAACCGAAGACCGGAAAGCACUGAACAGCUUUCCGUCUUAGUAUGAAACUCCUCAGCAUUACAUAUCCACUAUCACACUAAAGGUCAAAUCCAUGGCCUACCGGUGUAACAACAAGCGCUUAACUCUGAGGCCAGUGUUCUUAGAUUCAAUGACUCACAUCUCAUAGAUGCGCACUGCUGAGAAGUCUCAUGAUAAGAUGAAACAGUUGUUGAAUGAUUUGUGGCUUUUCAAUAGUUUCUUUUUAACUAUUGUUGGUCUGUGAUGUGAACUAUCAAAUCAAAUUAGUCUCCCUAAAUAUCAUACAGUUGGUUGCCUUAAUUAACGGGGAAUAUUUUAGAUUUUCGUUUUUGUUUCCCCCUACCUUCAAUAAUUCACUUUUUUUCUUUCUGUUUCAGAUGGCGAGCGUGAAAACGUAUCAGAACAUUAUUUUAUAUGCCUUACAACUAUCAUCGAAAAUUUAAUUUUUGCCACCAUGCUGAUGGUAAUUUUCUAAAAUAAUUUUUCCCUAUUUGUAGAUAUAAACAUGUAUAUGGAAAGAAUUAAUAAUUAAAAUAUAUUACAGUGGAUAACAGUUAUGUGUUUCUUUCUCUUCAUUAAUAUUUUUCAAAAACAAAUUUAUAUAUUAUCUCCAUCAGAGAAUUGUUUCUGUACACUUAAUUUUCAAUAAUUCAGUGAUAAAUUACAUGAUCAGAAGGGGUUUUGUGGAGAUUUUGUAAAUUUUAAUAGUUGAAAUCAUGGGUCAAUUGAAGCAAGACCACCAUGGAAAACCUGGAAGCACUGGACGGCCGUUUCGCCCUAGUCUGGGACUCCUCGGCAGUGUACAUCCACGAUCCCACCCCCCCGCAAGAUUGGAAACCAGGACCUAUCAGUUUCGCGCGCAAGCGCUUAACCACUAGGCCACUGAGCCGUUAUCCAACGGUUUUAAUGUCUAAUUUUAACCAAUCUACGAAAUCGCGCCAUACUAGGACUAGACGGCCGUCCAGUGCUUCCAGGUUUUCCAUAGUGGUCUAGCUUCAAUUGACUCAUGAUCUCAACUAUAAAUU